UUUUGAGAGAGUUUUGUUUUUUUCUUCCAGCUGUUUGGGCAAUUUCAUCUCGUUUAACGAUCCGCACUCUUGUCUCCUGUUUUAGGUGACUCUUGGUGGGAGUUGUUUGAUAGUUAGGUGGUGACUUCUUUGGUAGAUAGGAUGGCUUCGAUUGGAGUGAGAGAAGGUUACGCCAAAAUGACCUGGAGAAGUUUACAAAGUAUUGCAUGACUGCAAUACCGAUGAUGAUUAAAUCAUUACCUAAGCUCGUUAUAUUUUUAUUUUUGUAAUAGCCUGCUGAAGAAGAGGUUGAUCCCUGCAUUUGUGAUGGUGGAAGUGUUGUGGUCCCUAUUAGCCGCUAUCCCUGCAGUAGUUGCAGGACAAGCGUUUCGAGUGAAGAAAAGGCGUGGCGAAGAGCAGAGAUUAAAGAGCGCUAGAGGGAGGGAGAAGAGUUCUGAUGAGAUUUUUGUCUGCGAAAGGGUAUGCACGUCGAAAAGAAUGCUGAAAAAGGUUGGUGCAUUCUCAAAGGACCCUAUUCCUGAUACUUGCGUUACCGUCUGCGGUGUAUCUGAGCUCGAUGCGUGUGCUGAUGCGUGUGCCCGCACUGUCUGCGUAAACCAACAUCAAGUACCGAAUUGGAACGACAUCUGCCUUAGGAGAUGCCAGACAACAAGCCAAUCUACUUCCGCUUGCAGGCGACGUGGAGGCAUUACUUGCUCAUAUCCCUAAGUCCCUACGAAAAAAGCGUUACAACUGUCGGCAAGUGAUCCAAUCCGAUCCAAUCUAAAGCAGCAUGCGAAGGAUCUCUCAACUUUAUUUUAAUCAACAAUAAAUGCUUUCGCAUGGUAUAGCCAUUGAUAUUCGUUGUUCCUCUCCAUCUAAAGUUAUAUUCUUCAAUAUAAUAGUUAUACGACGAGUGGAUGUUUUUCAAAGAUAACUCCGUCCUCCAUUUCGGGGUUUUAGUUUUGUAACCGUUGUGUCCUCGUUGGCUUUGGCUUUAUUAAUAAUUAAACUUGUUUAAUAUCGCAUUUAUUCCGAGACAAGAAACUUUUAUCUUAACUUUGGCUCGUUGCAUAUCUUAA